UGUCAGAACAGAACUCUACAGCUCCUGCAGACAAGCACCCCAAAACAGGAUGCCACUACCCCUAACAAUACCUCUUUGCCCCUUUCACUUUCUCAGACUGACUCACGUGACAAAUGGAGCAAAAAGAUGGACUUUCUCCUCUCUGUCAUUGGAUUUGCUGUGGAUCUGGGAAAUGUGUGGAGGUUCCCUUACAUCUGUUAUCAGAAUGGUGGCGGAGCUUUCCUGAUACCAUAUACCAUUAUGGCUCUUUUUGGAGGUGUCCCACUUUUCUACAUGGAGUUGGCUUUAGGACAGUUUCAUAGAAUUGGCGCUAUCCCCAUAUGGAAACGCAUAUGCCCUAUUUUUAAAGGCAUUGGAUUUGCUAUAUGCAUCAUUGGAUUGUAUGUGUCUUUCUACUACAACACCAUAAUUGCCUGGGCUUUAUACUAUUUCUACUCCUCUUUUUCCACAACCCUGCCAUGGACUAGUUGUGACAAUCCUUGGAAUACAGAAAACUGCACUAACUAUUUUGGAAAGAGUAACAUCUCUUGGAAUAAUUUUUCCAGAUCCCCUGCUGAAGAGUUUUAUACGAGGCAUGUGUUGGGUAUACAUGAGGCCGAUGGUUUGGACCACGUUGGUGGCUUGCGGUGGCAGCUUCUUAUCUGUUUGUUCCUCAUCUUUACUAUAGUUUACUUUAGUUUGUGGAAAGGAGUGAAAACAUCAGGAAAGGUGGUGUGGGUGACAGCAACUCUGCCCUACGUGGUCUUGUUCAUACUUCUGAUCCGAGGUGCCACACUGCCUGGGGCUUGGAGAGGCAUCCUGUUCUACCUGAGGCCCAACUGGGAGAAGCUGACUGACACAGGAGUCUGGGUGGAUGCUGCAGCCCAGAUAUUCUUCUCUCUAGGUCCAGGAUUUGGGUACUUCUAGCACUUGCAAGCUACAAUCCAUUUGACAACAACUGUUACAGAGAUGCCAUUAUCACCAGUGUGGUGAACUGUAUGACCAGCUUCCUGUCUGGUUUUGUGAUUUUUACUGUAUUAGGCUACAUGGCGGAAAUGCGGGAUGUUGAAGUAGAAGAUGUUGCAAAAGAUAAAGGUCCCAGUCUACUAUUUAUCACUUACCCAGAGGCCAUUGCUAACAUGGUUGGCUCAACAUUCUUUGCAAUUAUAUUUUUUCUGAUGAUGAUCACGCUUGGUUUGGACAGUACAUUUGGUGGUCUGGAAGCUGUCAUCACUGCCAUUAUGGAUGAAUACCCGCACAUUCUGGGCAAGAGGAGGGAGCUUUUCGUCUUAGGAUUGGUGACUGUCUGCUUUACUGGCUCACUCAGCACUUUGACUCAUGGAGGAGCAUAUGUUGUAAAGCUUCUUGAAGAAUUUGGGGCUGGCUGUUCCAUCAUCGCAGUUGUAUUUUUAGAAGCAAUUGCUGUGUCAUGGUUUUAUGGUAUACAAAGGUUCUGUAAUGAUAUAAAGUCCAUGUUGGGGGAUUUUCCCCAGGUAUAUAUUGGAGAGUUUGCUGGGUAGCAAUCAGUCCAGCAUUUUUAGCAUUUAUCAUAGUGAGCUCAUUCAUUGAUCAGCCACCUUUGAUGCUAUUUGAUUACAAGUAUCCAGAAUGGACCAUUUCUGUUGGAUACCUCAUUGGAGCUUCAUCCUUCAUCUGGAUUCCUGUUUAUAUGGUAUACAAACUAGUAUGGACUCCAGGAUCACUCAAACAGAGACUUGCAGUAUGCAUACGACCUGAAAACACAGCAAGAGAUCAUCAGUCUGAUUCCCUGUGCAUGACCAUGGCCCCAUAG